ACAGACAGACAGACAGACAGGCAGACAUGUCGCGGCCGCUGACCGACCUGGAGCGCAGGAAGCAGAUCAGCGUGAGGGGGCUGGCCGGCGUCGAGAACGUCUCCGACCUGAAGAAGAACUUCAACCGGCACCUGCACUUCACGCUGGUGAAGGACCGCAAUGUGGCCACCCGCCGCGACUACUACCAGGCGCUGGCCCACACCGUCCGCGACCACCUGGUCGGCCGCUGGAUCCGCACCCAGCAGUACUACUACGAGAAGGACCCCAAGCGUAUCUACUACCUGUCGCUGGAGUUUUACAUCGGCCGUACACUGCAGAACACCAUGGUGAACCUUGGGCUACAGAGUGCCUGCGAUGAAGCCAUCUAUCAGCUUGGGUUGGACAUGGAAGAACUAGAAGAUAUCGAGGAAGAUGCUGGACUUGGAAACGGAGGUCUGGGCAGGUUGGCAGCCUGCUUUCUGGACUCCAUGGCCACCUUGGGGCUGGCCGCCUACGGCUACGGAAUCCGCUACGAGUUCGGCAUCUUCAACCAGAAGAUCUCCAACGGCUGGCAGGUGGAGGAGGCUGACGACUGGCUGAGAUUCGGCAACCCCUGGGAGAAGGCGCGGCCGGAGUACACCAUCCCCGUCAACUUCUACGGCCGGGUCGAGUACACCCCUGAAGGGGUCAAGUGGGUAGACACCCAGGUGGUCCUGGCCCUCCCCUACGACACCCCGGUGCCAGGAUACAGGAACAACACCGUCAACACCAUGCGACUGUGGUCGGCCAAGGCUCCCAAUGAGUUCAAGCUGGAGGACUUCAACGUCGGUGGCUACAUCCAGGCUGUGCUCGACAGGAACCUGGCCGAGAACAUCUCCCGAGUCCUCUACCCCAACGACAACUUCUUCGAAGGGAAGGAGCUCCGGCUGAAGCAGGAGUACUUCGUGGUGGCCGCCACGCUGCAGGACAUCAUCCGCCGCUUCAAGUCCUCCAAGUUCGGCAGCCGCGACGUUGUGCGCACCACGUUUGAAGCCUUCCCCGAGAAGGUUGCCAUCCAGCUGAACGACACCCACCCGGCUCUGGCCAUCCCCGAGCUCAUGAGGGUACUUGUUGACAUCGAGCACAUCAGCUGGGAGAAGGCCUGGGAUAUCACCAGGCGCACGUGCGCCUACACCAACCACACGGUGCUGCCGGAAGCCCUGGAGCGCUGGCCCGUCAGCCUCUUCGAGACCCUGCUGCCCCGUCACCUGUCAAUCAUCUACGAGAUCAACAGGAGGCACCUGGAGAAUGUCUCCAGACUGUACCCGGGCGACAAUGACCGCUUGCGGCGCAUGUCCCUGAUUGAAGAGGGAGACACCAAGAGGAUUAACAUGGCGCACCUCUGCAUCGUCGGGGCGCAUGCUGUCAAUGGAGUUGCCCGCAUCCACUCGGAGAUCCUGAAGAAGACAGUCUUCAAGGAUUUCUAUGAGCUGGAGCCGGACAAGUUCCAGAACAAGACCAAUGGGAUCACGCCUCGCCGCUGGCUGGUUCUUUGCAACUCGGGCCUCGCGGACGUCAUCGCAGAGAAAAUCGGAGAUUACAUCUGUGACCUGGACCAGCUGAGGAAACUGCAGAACUAUGUGAACGAUGAAGGAUUUAUCCGGGCCGUGGCUAAAAUCAAACAGGUAUCCACACGUGCUUCCUGCUUCCUGAGAACAAGGCCCAGAGAGGGGGAGUGCAACCCCCGUCACAAGUCCGGGAAUUUGGGAAGUGGUUCCAAACCAGACACAGCCAGACUGCCGUCAAGGCCUGGGGAGAGGGGGAUAAAGCGGGAGCCCAACAAGCAGUACACACCUCGUACGAUCAUGAUCGGAGGCAAGGCCGCACCCGGGUAUCACAUGGCCAAGCUGAUCAUCAGACUCAUCACGGCCAUCGGAGACGUGGUGAACAACGACCCCAUGGUGGGGGACCGGCUGAAGGUCAUCUACCUGGAGAACUAUCGGGUGACCCUGGCCGAGAAAGUGAUCCCAGCCUCCGACCUGUCCGAGCAGAUCUCCACGGCCGGAACCGAGGCGUCGGGCACGGGCAACAUGAAGUUCAUGCUGAACGGGGCCCUGACCAUCGGAACCAUGGAUGGAGCCAACGUGGAGAUGGCCGAGGAGGCCGGCAUGGACAAUUUCUUCAUCUUCGGCAUGCUGGUGGAUGAAGUGGAGGCCAUGGACAAGCGAGGGUACAACGCCCAGUCCUACUAUGAUCGGAUCCCCGAACUGAAGCAGGCCAUCGACCAGAUCAACAAUGGAUUCUUCUCUCCGAAAGAGCCCAACCUCUUCAAAGAAAUCGUCAACAUGCUAAUGCACCACGACAGGUUCAAAGUGUUUGCCGACUAUGAGGACUACAUCAAAUGCCAGGACCGCGUUAGCGCCUUGUACAUGAAUCCCAAGGAGUGGACCAAGAUGGUCAUCAGAAACAUUGCUGCUUCGGGAAAGUUCUCUAGCGACAGGACCAUCGCGGAGUAUGCCCGGCAGAUAUGGGGAGUGGAGCCCAGCAAGCACAAGAUCCCGCCCCCCAGCGAGCCCCGGGAGUGAGGCUCCCUCCGCACGUACCCCUCCCUCCCUGACCCCAGCCGUCUGUCUGAGGCAACCCCCGGCUCUGUUACGUUUGGCUGUACAACACCCGCCCGCUUUGACUCGAGAUCCUUCAGCCAGGGAGAAAGCUCCCAUUUCAUG